AUGUUUCAUGUUCGCCUGCGGCUUAGCUCCCAAUCAAACCCCACCAAGUUUGACCACUUGUUCCCCUGCUUUCUGCACCCCGCGCUUUGUCUUCAGCGUCUUUUGCCCAACACGGCUGGACGCCUCAACGAGGAAGGGCGCUGGGCCAAGCCGGCUGGUUUGGAUAUUGACGAUUGCAUUUGGAAUAACCUCAGCGUGAAACGUGGAGGACAGAGUGGCUUACAGGUGAAGACCAAAAUUGCCAAGGAGUUCCAAAAGUUUUUGGAUUCGGGCCAGGUCAGUCGCGACUCCCUUGCAGAGGCGCUAAAAGCGUACGGCAAGCGCAGCGUUGAGUUGCUACACGAUCCGUCGUUGCUCGAACCAUUCUCGGUGCAGGACAUUGCUUCCAGCGCAGAGCCUUCUGCUGACGUUGAACUCGAAUCAGAGGCAGAGCCUGAGCAGGCGAGUUCCUCAGGUGUCGUUCCCGACUCUUUGGAGACAAUUUCCGUUGCAUCCCGGGAGAGAUCGCCCAGGCAAACUGCAGUUAAGUCGAAAGCCAGGCCAUUGCAGCGUGUAAUCGUGAACGCGCCGUACUCUGUAUUGUUGCCGGAUACGACCCGAUUUUGGUUGUGGCAAGGGGACAGCUUACAGGAAGCGCGUAUUCUGCGGAGGUCAGGUGAUCGCACAGUUGCCCAGGUCUUCUUGGAUUGGCACCAGGUUCUCAACAGGUGCAGGGGCCCAUCAGGGCGUUGGCUAAGAUCCACUCCGAACGGCGGCCUUUGCGCUCCCACAUUGGAUUUUCUCAGAGAUAUCAAGGCAGCAGGUGCUGAGAUCUUUGUUUUAUCCUACGUGGUGGACCAGCAAAAGUUGCAGGACGCUUUGCGUACCUUGGAAUCGACUCCGGGCGCAUCCAGUCUUUUUGCAGCGUUUAUUGCCACCACAAGCAAGACCGGAUCACUGGGCAAGAAGGGAGUGUUGGAAGCCUUUAGAGGGCACAGACUCCUCCUGGACGAUAACGCCGAAAUCGUAGAGGAGGUGGUUACAUCCAACAUCGCUGCUGCCCACAUUGCUCUGCCGAAGCGUGAUUGGGUACAGGAGGUCUUGAACGUUCACUGGGAGGAGUUCUUAGAGGACUUUGGCCCAUACGUGCGAGGGUGGAUUGCGGAAAUAGCAGAGUAUGACAGAGUUUGA